UACGUAUAAAUAUUAAUUUGUACAUAUACAUACAUAUAUAUAUAUGUAUACAUAUACAUACAUAUAUAUAUAUACACACACACACAUAAAGAUCGAAUUAUUUAUACAUAUACGUGUUUUGUGGUGACUUCGACGUGGCCUUUGUUCUCUAUUUUUCAUUAACUGUGAACUUCUCCCCGUACCACUUACCUCGUUACACCAAAGUGUAUGAAAAAUCAGGAAAAAUUCGUUGAUCGUGCGACGAAGAAAGACGUUGUGACCAUAAGAAAAUAGAAAAGAAGAGAAGAAAGAGGAGGAAGGGAAGAAAAGAAUAGAAAAAAGAAGAAAAAAGAGAGCAGAAAGAACGAAGAAAAAAAGAAAAAUCAUAAUGAGGUAUACAAUGGUGACUCUGGUAGCUGCGAUCAGCGUUCUCGCAUUGGUUAGCUCACAUCCUGUGCCACAAGAAAGAGGGUUUCGAUCGGAGGCCAAACGAAAUUUUUUUCAGGCUCUCGAUCGGUUGUUAAUGGUCGAAGCGGAAAAGGAAGCUGCACUAAGGAGUAAAAGGACAAUUGGUAUCCUUCGUCAACUGUUUCCAGAUAUCUCUCAGGAUGUGAAUCCUGAGGCAGAGAAUCAGGUUAACGAGGUUGGGUCUGAAUCACAAAACAACGAGGUACGGGUGCAAUUUGCCGACGAACAAUCAGCGAACGAGGCGGUACCGAAUUUAACACCAUUGGAGGACGUUGAAAGCAGCGAUGACGAGAACAGAAAUAAAAGGUUUUUGAACUUUGGAUUAGGGGCAAGUGCAGGUGGCAGCGGAGCAGGCUCAGGCAACUUCCUUUUUGAUAUAAUCAGGCAAGCAGCCGACGGGGCGGCAAGAGCGGCGGGCACGGUUUACCGCGUUGUCGCCGGCACACAGAGCCUAGGGCUCGGUCUUAGCGCCUCGCGAGACGUCGCUGCCGCCGCCCCAGUUGCUGCUGCUGCUCCUGUUGCUUCCUCCACCCCUGGCGCACCCUCGACGGCCGAUGCAUCCUCAACAGCCGCCCCUGAGUCAGCAGCCGGCACUCAACCACCGCUGGUAGCAGGAAGCGGUAGUCAAGGUAACUCAUCGGGCGAUGCUUCUGCCGGAAGGACGGACGGUACGCAGGAAGCUGUACCCGGACCUAUCACUAGGCUCUUCGUUAUUGCCAACCGAGGAAUCUCGAAUCUUCUUCAGGAUCUCAUACUCCGCUUAGCCGCCACAAGCGAACGUAUCGUCAACUUCAAGGCACGAUUGAUCACCUCGAUUAUCUAGGAUUAUGCGAGAAAAUUAGGAUACAGAUCUGUGAAAACCUUCAUGAGUCUUCGUAGAAAUACAUGCAACGAAUUGUGAUUCGAGAAAGCCACCAUCACAUCCCCUGCUCCCCUAUGCCGGAGGACCACGGGGUACGACGUCGACAACAUUAUCGAUAUAUUUUUUUUUCUUUCAUCUUUCUCUCUUUCUCUUACUCGUUAAUUUUUUAUACUUUACUAUUUUUCUAGACUUUCUAUACGUCGAAUGUUGUCCCCUUGUCCCCGAGAUCCACUAAAAAAGAAAAAAUAUUCCUCGUCGAUCAUUGCUCUAUACGAGUUCAUGUUCGUCUCUCUCUCUCUCUCUCUCUCUCUUUCCCUCUUCCAUCUAUUUUACACUCUCUCUCUCUCUCUCUUAUUCUGUUUUCCAUCUUCUUUACUCUCUCUCUCUCUCUCUCUCUCUCUCUCUCUCUCUCUCUCUCUCUCUCUCUCUCUCUCUCUUUCUCUCUCUCUCAUUCUGUGUUCCAUCUUUUUUACUGUCUCUCUCUCUCUCUCUUCUUUUCUUCUAAAUUAUACUAUAACUAAUUAAGUUUAAUUCAUGCUUUUGAUUCUCUUUCUUUUCUACUAUUUGAUUAAUUUCAUCGUUUUCCCUUAGACGAUGACAAAUAAACACUUCGAUUUAUGAAUAAAUUAAAAGAAUAAUAAAAAAAAAUAAUGAUAAAAAAAUAGAAAAGAAUUUCAUAAAAGAACGCGUCUUAUGCUGCGAUAAUAAAAAAGAAAAAGAAAGAAAAAGAAAGAAAAAGAAAGAAAUAAAGGAAGAAAACAAAGAUUUAUCCUCUCUGAUCGAAACUUCUCUCGCGUGAUGAGAAGUAUCGCAUAAGACGCGAUUAUUUCGAUGAUCGAUGAGAGAAAAAAUGACGAAUUGCGCCUAUGUAACGUUGUUCUGCAAAGUUUUGUACAUAGACCUGUGCCCCCCCUUCCGUCGCAUAAUCUCUGCCCCUCUCUUCUAAGGACACGUUCCGCAGUGCCAGACACUGAUUGUUUUCCUUUUUAUUUUUUAUUUUUAUUUUUAUUUUUGUUUAUUCUUUUCUUUUUUCUUUUAUUAUUAUUAUUAUUAUUAUUAUUAUUAUUAUUAUUAUUAUUAUUAUUAUUAUUAUUAUUAUUAUUAUUAUUAUUCAACAUCAUCUCUCGAUUAAGUGCAAACGUAUCUCUUUGCCCGUUCCUCAAGUAGAGAUUUUUUUUUAAUAGACGAAAUAAAAGAAAAAAAUAAACAAAAACAAACGUAACAAAGAAUAACGUAAUUGAGCGUCUAAGACCGCGUUGAAAAAAAAAAUAAAUAAAUAGAGAAAAAUAAAAAUUAUGGUGGAAAGGUUUA